UUCACAUCCCUCCACCCCAACUGGAGCCUGAAGUCUGGACCAAUGAAAGCCAAGUACCUCAUUUACUGGCACUAAGAACUGGCACUAUUUAAGUGGUAGCAGGAAUGGGCUGUGAAUCGCGUCUGCUUUCUCCACAAACGGGCACACUGUUGUCUGAUCUGGGGCAUCUCUGAGCUGAGGACAGGGAAGUCGAAGGCCUGCGGGACUCCUGCUGCCGCCAUGUGCUUUGGCAAGUGUGCAAGAUACAUCGGAUACUCUCUGGUGUUGUUUGCUGUCCUCUGCAUCGUAGCUAAUAUUUUGCUCUAUUUUCCUAAUGGGGAGACAAAGUAUGCUUAUGAGGACCACCUCAGUCGCUUUGUGUGGUACUUUACCGGCAUCGUAGGCGGAGGCAUACUGAUACUCCUGCCGGCCUUUGUGUUCAUUGGGCUGGAGGAAGAUGACUAUUGUGGCUGCUGUAGCUGCGGAAACUACGGCAAGAGAUGCACAAUGCUUUCUUCUGUACUGGCUGCUCUCAUUGGCAUUGCGGGAUCUGGCUACUGCAUCAUUGUGGCAGCACUGGGUUUGGCAGAAGGACCAAAGUGCAGUGAUUCCCACGGUGUGUGGAACUACACCUUUGCCGACACUGAGGGAAGGUACCUUACGCAGCCCGAUACAUGGUCCAAGUGUCAUGAGCCUGAGAAUAUUGUGGAGUGGAAUGUGACCCUCUUUUCUAUUCUCUUGACGCUUGGUGGAAUUGAAUUCAUCUUGUGUCUCAUCCAAGUCAUCAAUGGAGUGCUGGGUGGCAUAUGUGGCUAUUGCUGCUCCCGCCAACAGCAAUAUGACUGCUAAAAGAACACAAGACAGAACCACAUGCUUCCUUUAUUGCAUUGUAACGUGUGUAUUUUACUCGUGUUGUGAAACUUUGUACUGGUGUAUCAUAUUCCAUACAUUCUGCUUUUAUAAAGAAAUGUGCUGACAUCUUCAUAUGAUGUCAGUGUUUGCAUUUAUCAAGCAAACGUUGUUUUAAAGAAUGAGGCAACAAACUGCACUCACCCUGGAGGUAUUUCACAGACUGAAUGACUGUUCUCAGCAUAGCUGAGAUAGACUUGUCAAUAUUUAAGAUAAAAAUCCCAUUUAACUAUUAUGCAUAUGUGUACUUGUUUUUUAAAUAAAAGAUCUCUGGUUUCCUUUUCAAGACCAAGAAGAAUCCCAAACCCUGAAAAGAUGUUUUUAAUUGUUUAUAUGGUAUUUCCCAUUUUUAUGUGUACAAAUCUCUAAGAGGCCCUCUGAGGUGAGAGAAAAGCGCUUGCCUGGAUUUGGAAAUCUCAUUGAGAAAGUGCUAACCCAAGGACAUGAGAGAAAAUAUGUAAAGCUGCCAGUGGCUGUGAAUGCUACUAGAUGCUGAAGUUUUCUAUCAUGUAGAAAGCUUUUUGCCCUUCAAAGAUAAAGACUGUUUAUGUCAAGAGGAAGCCAGGAUAGUUGGACAAGAAGGAAGAUGGGAAAUGGAAUAAAACAAGGUGGGGAAAUGGGAUUGGUCAAGUAAGGGUGGAAGAUCACAUGAGAAUGCCCUCAAACUUGCUUGUUGAACAUAAAAUGAGGUAAUCUCUAUCACUAAGCUGUUGUUUUGUUUUUAUGUGAGAAGAGGCAACCACUCUGGUCAGGUAAUUGAUCACUCAUGUAGAGAGGACGUCUUCCCAAUGCUUAGGAAGAUCUAUUACCUUUGGUGGAAGACAAAGUAUAUUUCAGAGUGCAGACUUUUGGUUUCAGAGAGCUGGUUUCUAGCUUGGUAGGAUUUGAUUUGAAAGGUAACACACAGUGAAUAUACUCAGUGGGACAUGCCAAUGGUGUGCUCCUCUAGCUCCUGCUUAUCACCCUCUGUCUGUGGUCUACAGGAUGAAUGGCAUCUAUGCUAAGCUCUUCCUUUCCUCUGGGUCCUCUCUCCUGUUUUCCCUGCCUUAUCCUCUCUUCUACCUUCUUCUUUCUGUCAACAGAUGAUCAUGGCUCUGCUAUCUCUUGAGGCUGUCAAGCCAGCUAGGUAUCUCUUUUCUGCUGGGUGCUGCAACUAUCAAACUUCUGGGUAAGGUAGCAUGUUUUUUUCUCUCUUAGUGCACGAACUACAUUUUUGUUUGGUUUCAUCUCGUUCUGGUUUUGUUUUGAUGUAAAAGAAUCCCUUAACCCACUGCUUGGCAGAACUACUCAGAGAGAGCUACAAUUAUUUAUUUUGCCCACAGUUUCAGA